AUGCAGUGCCGCAACCAUUCGGCCAGACGUGUUUGGAACACCAGAACCGGAUAUUGUGAGGACUGUGACUGGUCUUUGCGCUUGCUGGAGCAGGAGUUGCGGUUGUGCCUAGAUCCACAGCAGCCAGUCGUUAACAGGCAGCGCAGGUUCUUCUUCUUGUGCCCACGACGAAAACAUGGCUUCACGUCACGUUGCUCCGGAGCAGAUUCCAUUUGCAGGAAGUGCAAAGACAUCCGCUACAAGAGCAGUGUAGCCAGCGAAGGACACGAGGACAACUGGCCUAGUCUUGCAGAGGUUGGGCCCACUGUAAGCUUCGAGAGGCCCGCGUUGGCGCGGGGCCUCGUGGUGCGGGUAGACCCGAACGUGCUCGAUUUGCAAAAACGCAAAGUAGACUUGCAACGAUCUCUGAACGCGGAGCGCUUGGAUGCCUGUGUCCAUGUCAGCCGCAAUGUGCGGGAAGCUUUUCGCAGCGCACCCCCCAGCCCUUGCGAGAGCGAGAUUCUGAAUGAGCUGUUCCAGCGGUUUCCGGAGGCUGUUCAGCAAGAGAUGGACCGCGUCGUGGAAGCUUGUGCCUUUGCAGAGCGCCUGGCUGGCUACCGAGCCAUCCCUGUAUUCUACAAAGCAGCAACCAUGAAUUGGGCACCGUCUCGCUGGUCCGAUGCGCCGAGGGAAAGUGCGGCGGACAGUUUUCUGGCAGGAGUGGCAGACAGGAACAGUCGAUCCGGAGACUUGGCCUGCGCAGUGGAAGUGAAGGGUCAUCGCUUCUUGCUUGCUGAGCCUCGCUCCGGAUGCGAGUAUAGCGGAUUACAGACCACAAAGGAGAACCACAUGGUCUUCAUCGUCACACGACAGCAAGCCGACCGAUGUGUUCAGACUCUGCAGAAAUUUCCCUUCCGCGGGCUCGUCGAGCUCUUGAAAACACAGAAACCAAGCCACCACGACCAGCUGAACUGCAAGGGAUGCGAUCUUCUGGGUCGGUGUUGUGGCGCAUCCCAGUCUAAAUACAUUGCCCGAAGCUUCUGCGGCUUCAACGACGGCGGAGCCAGCGCCCGCCUGGUUUUGAGAGGCUUGCCAGGCUUUGCGGACAGGGACUUCGUGGAGGACAUCUUGCGUGACGUUGCAGGGACCUUGAGCUUAUCGGAUCCCGAGGCCGGCUUGCGAUGGAUUUCUGUGUACGUGCGGAACCGGCGAGACGGUGCUUGUGAGGCCCAUGUGGACUUCGACCAUGCCGAGCUUGCCGGCCAGGUCUUGGAGCUGGCAAAGGAUAUCCUGCGAGCGAGACUGGAGGGUGCAGAAAGAGCCAUUACUCCGCACUUUCAAGGCGGAGGCGGAGGCACUCUGUACGCCGCGGAUUUAUAUGGGGCAGAUCCCUGUGAUCCAGAGCUCCAGGCUGCUUUGGAGCAGACCGUGUUCCGAGCUGGUUGCGAGUGCUUAGGGUGGCUAUCAGCAGAGUCAGUAAGCGAUGGUCAGCAGGAUGAUUCCCCGGUCCCCGUCGUCCGCAUAAUCAGUGCCCCGCACUGGCUACAGAGGGCAAUGACACAGUUGCAGAGGUUCGGCGAGUGGCGUACCUUCCGCUUAAUCCUGCCGUGGCAGGUGUUCACAUGCUUGCACCAAAAGUUUACACUCGGAAUGCCUUCGAACUGGGUUCGAUGGGUGGUGGACAACAUGAGAACUGCGGCCGUUGAUGAAGAGUCCUUGCAAGAUUCUGCAGCAGCUUUUCGCGCGCACGCCAGAGGUUUGUCGCAAAUGGGAGACUUUCCAUCUCGGGCCACACGCCAGGUUUACAGAAACGACCAGUUCUGUUCUGAACUUGAGGAGCAGCACACCACUCUGCUCCGCCACGUGCACCUGUUCGGCAAGCCCACGGCCGCGAGCCAGCACUUUCAAGCACACCGUGCAGGUACGGACCAGGAUGAAGAUUCCGACGGAUCAUGGCAAGAUGACCCGUCCGACGAUGCUCUCGGUUCACAGUCUGCCACCGUGGAACCUGAUGGAUCCCAGUCUUCUCUCGACAAUGAAGCUGAGCACUGGGAGGCACAAAGUCCAGAAGCAGCGCCAGAGAUCCCCACUCAGGCGCAGACUCCACAGGAUGGGCCAAGUGGCUCCACCCUGAAGUGCGGGCGAUCGAAAGCAGCUUUCGACGCAAGGGAGUAUCGGCAAGAAAGCGACGACGACUACUUGGACCUUCAAGAAGGAGUCUGGGUCAUGUGGAACCCCGACACAGACCAGGAUGGAUGGUGCUGGGGCUCCAGCGGGGGCAAGCAAGGCUGGUUUCCGCGCUCCUUCAUGGAUGCGGAGCAUGACUACAGCACUGCAGGCUUGCUGCUGCAGACUGAGGUCUCUUCGCAGGGUUUCGCUCCAUCCUUUCGACUGGCGCAGGGCGGUUCUUGCGAUGUCUUCGACGUCCGACUUUGCGACAGACGAGUCGCAGCAAAGGUUCUCCACCAUCAGGAGAGCAGGUCCGUGGCGUGCGCAAUGUUGGACCAGCACCAGCUCUUUGCACAGGAAGUGGCUGCACUCAGGCGCAUCAGCCACCCCAACAUCGUGCGCAUGCUGGAUGCCGGCGUGGCCUCCUCCGGUGCUUUUGUCAUCCUCGAGGAGUUUGCCGGUUCGACAACUUUGAUGCACUGCCUCCAGGGGUUGGAGUGGAGGCAGCGCCUCGUGACGGCCACGCAGGUGGCCGAUGCCCUGUGCUACAUCCACAGCCAAGGAGUCCUGCACCGCGACAUCAAAAGUGCAAACAUCCUUGUCGAUGCCGAUGCGGUUGCAAAUGUCACGGCAGCCAAGAUCAGUGACUUUGGUUUGGCCAUAGGUGUUCAAGAAAGAGCUUUACGUGGAACCCGCCACAGCACACGUGUUUGCGGCACGCCAGGAUACAUGGACCCUGAAUGCCUACGUGGUGGAGGAUACACUCAACAAUCAGACGUCUAUAGUUUCGGCAUUGUUCUGCUGGACCUGCUCACCGGAAUCUGCGGCUCAGAGGCCGACCAUUUUGCGGCAACUCAAGAAGACUCGGUGGUUUUUCAUUCUUCGUGGCACGCAGCAGGGGGGGCUCUGCAAGCUUCUUUCUUGGACCUCGCCAAGGGCUGCGUCCACGUCCUUGGCAAACGGCGCCCGACAUCUCAGGCCGUGCACCAGGGCCUUCAACAGUUGCAGACGUCUUAG